GUCUUCAAUUCUGUUGGUGUUGUUUUAUAUCUUCAUAAUGCACCACUUUAUACAGGUUUCUGCGUGUGUGUGUUUGUUUAUCUGUGUUGCUUGCUCCGUAAGCACGCGAUCUCUGCUCUCGUUUGUUUGUUUUGGCAUCAUACUGCGUCCAGAUUCCAUGAAUCUCCAAACUCCGUCAGCGUGUUGGAACGCAGCUGUUAAAAUGCGCCUCGUCUCUGCUGUUGGAGCUCGUCUUUGUUAGAAGUGAGCAGAUGUGAAACGACGAGCUGUCGCUUUAGAUAGUUUCCGAUCCAAUGCGUAGAAAAGUAACACUUUUCUAGAAGGUUUCUACAGGAGAAAAGGACGCUGUAGCCCCAUCUGCUGUUAGCAGAGGUGCUCUGUGUCAUCUUGGCAGCCUCUCUGAAGCUGAAUAGUGGUAAUGAUUGACAAAGGAAUAUUGCAGAGAUUAAAUAAUUCUUUUUACAACGUUUUAUUAUAACGAUGGCAGCGAUGUUAACAAUGAGGCUUUAGUUUUUUUGACGUUAAACAAACUCACACGCUGCGUUUCUAAAGAGUUUUCAUUUGAUUUCUGAACAGUAUACAAGAAAUGUCAGAUUUCCUCAGUUGCAGUGUCCUGCUUGGUCUUUCCCCAUGGAAUUCUGCUUUACAGUGUGUGGUACAGGUUGAAACGAACACUCCAGAUUGAUCCAGUCAGUCCCCGCAAUGGAGGACUCAAUUGAGAUGAUUCUGGAAGACCAUGGCAGGAUAUUACCAACCAACAAACCCCAUCCCAUUGUAUCAGCCUGCACAGGCGCUCUGCUCACAGGCAUCUAUGGAUUAUGGAGCCUCUUUGCCCUACCUGGUUUCCGCAAAAUCCCAUUUAGGCUCAAGGUUCCCUACUUGCCUUCCAGUAAAGAUCAAAUGCAAAAUGUUAUGAAAUUGCUCGAGGGGCGAAAAGGGCGCUUAGCCGAUCUGGGAUCAGGAGAUGGAAGAUUGGUGUUUGCAGCCUCUUCUGCUGGUUUCCAGUGCACUGGGUUUGAGAUUAACUCCAUUUUAGUGGCAUAUGCCAGGAGCAAGGCCUGCUGGAGUGGAGUUCCCUCCAGUCAGGCAACAUUCGUAAAAAAAGACUUUUGGAAAACUGAUUUAUCUUCAUUCAACAAUGUUACUGCUUUUCUUGCCCCAGGAGUGAUGGAGGUGCUCGAAGAGAAGCUGUUGAAGGAGCUUCCUGAUGAUGCUCAUGUCAUCGCUUGCCGUUUUCCUUUUCCUAACUGGCCUAAAAAAUCAUCUGUUGGUUCUGGAUUGGACCAGACUUUUGCUUAUGACAUCAACACUGUACGCACACAUCUGAGAAAUACACCAAGCACACCAAAAAAAUAAGUCAUGAUCACUUCCCCAUACUGUCACCCUCCGUUGCACUAAAUCGUAGAACUGGUUUUAGGGUGAAUAAUAAAAUUCAGUGUGAUACUUCAAUAAUCGUACAAUAAUCAUUCUGUAAGAUUUAUUUCAACUUAGCAAAGAUUAGAUGGGGCAUGCCAUGUUUGUACAACUCUUUGACAACUGUGGUUUUCCUUGUAAAAGUGUCUCUGUUAGUAAAACAUAUGAUGCUUGAAUUUUAGUGGAAAAAUUAUAUUUCUUCUCUGAACAAGGGAUAAGUUUAUUUCAAAAUUAGAAUGCAAUUAUCAUGUCUGUUUAUUUGGAUAUUGAUGCAGACUGGAAAUCAGUACCUCGUCAAGAGGCUUUUGAAGAGGUAUGGCAGCUUGUCCAUGUUGAAACUGACAUUUUGCUGUUUAAAAAUUAAAUGAUCAUUUUAAAUUUGAUCCAAUAACUGUGACGCUACCACAAACACACAGCUGUUAGUAAUAUCUGUAGUUUAAAAAGUGUCAUUUUUUUUUACUAUUUCUUGCUUCAUGUGUGAUUUCAGCUGUUCAACAGUUUAAAGUGGAAGUUGUCCUACUUUUUUAUCCCACAAUGCACAAAACAGUUCCAAGGGGUGAAAGGUCUGAAUUACAGGCAGGCCAAUUUAGCACUUGUUCUCUUUUGCUGGGUUAAAUGUAACCACCAGUUACGUCUUUGUUCAUGCAGGUUUUAAAUGUAUAUUUUUUUCUGUUUCAACAUUAGAUAGGUUAAGUUUGUACUAUUUAAAGUUAACUAUAGAGUUUCUAUCAUGUUAAAAUAAUAGAAUCCAGUUUUUAUUAGCAUUUUACACAUGGUCCAAACAUUUUUUAAAAGGACACAUUUGCGAACUAGAACAUAAAUGUUCCUGUUUUUCCUGCUCUACAACAUUUCUGCUCAUUAAACUGCUUGCAUUAGA